AUGUCGUCCCGGUCGCCUUUGGAAUCUGCCUUGGAUGUUGAGUGGAUUCUGGAAGAGCCUUGCGUGGUCAAGUGGGAAGAUAGCAACCAUGAGUCCAAGACACUCGGACUAAAAGCCCACCCAGUGACCCUGUGGGUCGGCGCGCGGAAGAAAGAUCAUUCAGGUACCCUAGAUGAGCUACUCAAAGCGCAGCGGAACAACGUUCAGCAUGGCUGGCUUGGUGGUCGAGUGUUCCUGGGCCAGCUCCAAACCCCUGGUCAUGUCCUCAUGAAAAGACAGUUGCCCUCAGACAAAGCUUGGAGUGGCAACCCUUUGCAUCUUCUCAUGGAGGUUCAGUCUCUCUCAAAAGCUCCCUAUUUCCAACUCUAUGUGAGCAACCAGAAGCAUGUCCGUAAGGUGAUGAGCAGACUCGAGCACGAGCUACCAAAGACACUUCCUGCCGUUCACAUUGAUUUGAACAAGAUCUUUGGAGGACGCGAUGGCGCGUGGGAUGCUUGGAAACUUCCACCUCCUUAUGACCAGGCUCUGGCACAACCUACAGGCACCCUGAGAGGACUCUCAACACCGCCCUCAUUGAAACGUCUUCGUCAUGAAGAUACCUCGACCAACAAGAGAACGAGAGCAUCGGAGUGGGAGUGGUAUGAGGCCAAUUACCCCUUCGGCUCACCCACUGAGGAGAACACACCUACUUCCAUCCGCGAACGAAUCUCUCAACAGUCUACUGAAGACAAUCAAUCCAUAAGACAGGGUCAGCUAACACCGGAGGCUGAAACCCCUCGAAGUCAUCACCUACCUCCCCUUGGUGAAUCGUUCCGAGAUCAGUCUACACAAGUCAAUUCAUCUCCUCCCGGUUGCCAGCUCACCCCUACCCGUCAUUCUCCCGUCAAUCACAACAACGCCAAUAACAUCGAAGACAUGCAAGUACCGCCUUGUACCGCUUCUGUCGCCUCGACUGCAUCCCUUGACCAGCUCAACAUCAAACCGACUAUAUUCACCACCAAACCUCAGGCUCCACCCCCACUAAACAUUGCUCUUACCCUCACAGACCUCGAGCGUCUCAUCACAACAACCAUCCAAGCUCAAAUCCCCGCGAUUGCUGCUCAAGUUCAAAGCCAGAACCUUGCUGCUGAGUUGACAGCUUGGGCGCAGCCCUCGAUUGCAGACUACAUCGAUACUCACAUGCCUGCAAUCAUGCACGAAGCAGUCUCCGCACACGUCUCUGACGUCAACGACGAAUUCGAGUCCGCAUCUGCAUCCCUGCACGAGACAAAGGACGAGGCAAUCACCGAGAUCAGGUCAGCAGAAGAGUCAGGCAUCGAGGAGGUGCAUAGGGAAUCUCAGGCUGCCGUCGAGACUCUGCAAGAAGAGUCGCACAGGCUGUCAGGGGUCCUCGAUGACAAGUGCACGGAGUUGGAGGAUCGACUUGAAGCAAGAACGAGCUCCUCAGCACCCCCGGUCUACUCGAAACAGCCUCCUACUGUUGCGAACAGCGCCAAGGAGGCUGUGAAGCUGUUUGAGCGCUUCCACAGGGGUCGUCUCGCUUCCGACGAGCAAGUCAGAGUAUUGCUCAGCAUUGCGAAGUUCAACAAUGCUGAGGUCUUUGCUGCGGCCGAUUGGGAGAGUCAGAAGAUGCUGGUUGCUCACUGGUCCGGCAGAAAGGACUACACACCGCCCUCGCCACCCCUCUCCCGCUCUGCUGAAUGA